UAAUGAAAGGAGCUAUUGAAUGUUUUAGCGAUUUUUUAUUACCUGAGUGUUAUUUGUAAUAUCAGAAAAUUUAUUAAUUAAUUAGAGCUUGGAGCUUAGAAAUUAUAUGUUUGAUUUGCCUAGGAAUUGUUACUUACUUCAUAAUAAGGAAACCAUGUAGAAAAUUAAUGCGUAACUCUACAAAAAUAUAAAUACUUAUUAUGUUUUCGCUUAUUUGUAUGAUUUUUAAUAAUGCUAGUUUACUUUAUAUACAAUCUCAGAAGAAUUCAUAGAACAUAUUAUUUUCUUGAGGAAUUAUUUUUUUCUGUUUAUCAAGCAUGCUUAAUUUUCUAUUUUGGAAAAAAAUUAGUUGAAGGAGGAGCAUAAAGAAAAAACCUCUUGACAAUUAGACUAAUUUUUAGUAUUCUUCUAAUAUUAGAUUUUAUCACUUUUAUUUUAUCAAUGAUAGAAGCAAAUUCAAAGGAAUUAAUGUGUAAAUGUAAGUACAAGUAUUUACAAUUAGAUUAGAAAUUUCAUUUACAGUUUUCAGAUCUGUUAGCUUGAUUACAUAAAUAGCAUUUCUAAUAGUUGCAUAAAAAUUGCACAAAAAGUUUUAAUAAAAUUAAUAGAUUCUUCUUAUGGAUGAACAGCAAACCAAACAAUAAAAAUACCAUUUCAUUUAGUUAAAGUAAUUUUAUUUAAUUAUUUCAAGAAUAUUGUGUUACAUAAGUUUCAUUGGAUCAAUAAUACUAUUGAUAGUUAACUUCUUAUAUAUGAUAUCAGCUGAUUGUAGAAUCAUUAGCCAUUUUGGAAAUGAAGGUCAAAAUUUUUCAGAUGUACUCAAUAUUAUAAUACAUGCUUUUGUAAAAAUAAUGACUUAUUUUUUGCCAAUAAUUCUAACUUUAGCCAUAUUUAAAACAAAGAGUAAAUAAGAAAUUCAUGAUGAUUCUAUAUUAGAGACUGAGGAUUUUUAUAUUAGAGGCUGA